GGGAUUGCAACUACUAGAGAACCAACUAUAAAAUAUCUUCUAAAAACUACUAAGCAACUUACUUACAUUAGUAAUUGUUAAAAAGGAAAAAAAGGUGAGUGUUUUUGAAGGUCAUAUCAUAUCAUAUCAUAUUACAUAAAUAAAUAAAUAUAUACAAAAACCAAAAAUCGAAAAGAAUAACGGCCGGAGAGUGGAACCUUUCACUUGGGUUAGUGAGAGAGAGAGAAAUUCCUUAAUAGCAAGACAAAGGAAGGAAUAGUUAAGGAAAGGCAGUUAGCUUAAGUAGAAGUUCUCUCUCAGCCAUUGGGAUGCUCAUUUGGACAAAAUCUCAGCCGUUGGAUUAAGGAUGGCGUAGUAUACUCAGUUGAGUACACGUGCUGCUCUCUCUCUCUCUCUCUCUCUCUCUCUCUCUCUCUCUCUCUCUCUCUUUUAUCUUUGCUUCCAUGCAUGGAUUUCUCCUCCAAAUAUAGUCAAGUCCUGAAAGAGAGAAAGUAGUGAAAGAGAGAGAAAAAGAAAAAAAAAAGAAGAGAGAAACAAACGCUUGCUCACUCACUUUUAAUUCUCUCUCCUUUUUUUUUUUUGGCUUCGUUCAUCUCCACUUCAUAAUUACUAAACAAAGGUACAACAGAAUUUUUUUCUUCUUUACAUAUUGUUUUCUGCACCAAAUUUGAGCUAAGAGAUAAACAAAGAGGUACUACUUGUAGUAGUAGUAGUAAUACUAGUACUUGUAGCAGUAGUAGUGAAUGAGAAAAGAAGUUAAGUGACAUAUUUUACUAUAACUACUCUUUUUUCUUUUUCAUUUUCUCUCUGCAUCAGAUCUUUUUUUUUGUGCUUCAUAAUUCCAUGAAAUCUGAGAUUGGUUUUGCUCUUUAUAGUCCAAUGAGUAAAGGGUAUCCGUGAUCUGAUUCGGUUUUUCUCUUGAAGCUUUGAGCUUUGCUCUUUCAUAUUCUGAUCUGGGUUCUCUUGUUUUUUUGUUAUUUUUUUCCUUUUUCUUUUCUGAGAUCCUCUGUUUCAUCAGAAUUUCGACUUGUCUUGGUGUAAUGAGAUCAGGGACUCGAAGCAUUGUAGUCUGACUCUGAUCUCUUUAUCUCUCUCUUUGUUCUUUAUCUGUUUGGUAAAUUGUCUUUGAAAACCGAAAAAAAAAACUGUAAUCAAUUCAAUGGAAGAUGGUCGAGAAUUGAAACAUGCCUGUAAAUUCUGCCACAAGAGUUUUCCUUGUGGAAGAUCCUUAGGUGGUCACAUGAGGUCUCACUUGACCAACAAUCAAGCAGAAACUGAUGAGAAGCUCAACAGUAACAGAAGCAAGCUCUCGUCUGUCAACAAUGGAGGAGGUGGAAACAAUACCAAAACCAAUAAACCUGGCUGCUCUGAAACCGGUGGUGGUGGUCCUCAUCACCUUAAUUAUGGCCUUAGAGAGAAUCCUAAGAAGACAUGGAGAAUUUCGGAUUCGAGUACUGAAGAGACACUGGUUUUUGAAAACAAGUCCUGCAAAGAAUGUGGCAAAGGAUUUCAGUCCUGGAAAGCUCUUUUUGGCCACAUGAAACAACACUCGGAGAAAGAAAGAGCUUCUUCCAUUAAUAAUAACAAUAACAGUUUUAAUUUGGAGGAACAAGAUUCAUGGACUAGUGGUGACCAGAAGCAGCUGCUGGCCAUGGAUAGCCAAUCUGAUAAUGAAACCACAGCUACUCAUCCCAAUAGGAAAAGAAGAUCUCAGAGAAGAACAAGGUACAUGGGAACAACCAACUCUUCUUCUUUCUCUGUUGUUAACAAUGGUUCUUCUUCUGUUUCUGAGAUUGAACAAGAACAAGAGGAAGUGGCUAUGUGUUUAAUGAUGCUGUCAAGGGAUGUAAACAAUAACCAUUGGGUGGGGGGCUUCAAAUCAGUAGCUGAGUCCUCUGACAACUUUUCUGAAUCCUCAAAAUCUCCAUCUUCUAGAACUGUUUGCAAGACUCCUGCUACUAAUGGCUCUGAGGUUCGGAAAUCGAGGAAACGCAAUGCCAGGACCAGUGAGCCAGCCAAGAUGGAUUCUGGGGUUAUGAAAUCUUGUUCUAGGAUGAAUGCGAGUGAAGUUAAAGACAAGAUCAAGAUGAAGCUUAAGAGUGAUGAGACUGAGUUAGCUCAAUUGGGUUCCAAGAAGUACUUGAAUUCAACCAAGAGAAGUCUUAAUUUCGAUCAUUAUGAUCCUAACUUGAGAGUAGAUUCUUUGAAAAAGUUAAGUCCUGAUGUUUCAGAUCCUGAGAUGUUUAAGAUUUCUCAUAAGAGGAGUAAAUUUGAGUGUACCACAUGUAACAAAGUCUUUUAUUCUUACCAAGCUCUUGGAGGUCAUAGAGCUAGCCAUAAGAAGAGUAAAGGUUGCUUUGCUUCAAUCAUUGAUAGCUGUGAAAACAGCAUUGAAACUGAUAAUAUCUCUCCAGAACCAACAGCAGAAGAUGAUCAUGAUCAUGAUCAUGAUGACAAGAGCCUUAUUGAUGAUCACCAUAAUAUGCCUGCUGGUGAUGAUAAAAAAGCCCAGAGAGAAGUAGUUGAGAAAAUUAAAGUGUCCAAGAAGAGUAGUAAAGGUCAUGAAUGCCCAAUUUGCUUCAAGGUGUUUUCCUCAGGCCAAGCCUUGGGUGGUCACAAGAGAUCCCACUUGAUCAAUAGUUCUUCAGAUGCCAAAAGCAGCCAAACCAUUGUGAUCAAAAAGCCAAUUCCGGGUAUCCGGGACUUCCUUGAUUUGAAUCUUCCUGCUCCUGAUGAAGAAGACAGCAAUGGACAUGUUGCCUCCCUAAAGCCAUGGUGGGGUGGAAGCAGCCACAAACAUGAGGCUUUUGUGGGUCUAAUAUCAAACUGAGUUUGUCCCCUUUUUUGGUCCCUCCCAUGGAUUUUCAAUAAAAAUAAAAAGAAAAAAAAGAGGUUCAAAACAGUGUACAGACAUACUAUUUCUGGACAUUAUUUCAUUGAUUCUUUUGCAGAUUCAACAACUAGCUGAGGUGCUGCUUCUCAUAGCCUUCAAUUAGGCCAUUGUCAACUUUCAUAUCACAAGUUUUUUUUAUCUUUCUUUCUUUUUUUUGCUGGUUAUUAUACUUGUAAACACCCAGUAAAAGAAUUCAUUCUCAGUAGUUUUUGUUUCAUUUUGAAACUUGAAAAACACUGUAGCAGCACAAUUGAUAUUCUUUUUAUCAGAAAGAUGUACUUUCUUUUACAAUACAUACAGAAAAGUGAUCUGUUGGUUUUUGUAGGCUAA